UACCUAUCUGACAAUCACAAGGCAGGGAGGGAGCAGCAACAGCAACAGCAGCAGGAGGAGGAGGAGAGGCCUGGCCCGAGGAUCCGCAGCCAUUUCACGGCCGAACACAUCCUCCUGGAGCGGAGAGCGGGUCUGUGAGGGAGGGAUCAGCCCACUCAUAGGGCCCCCGUAGCUGCUGCGGAGAUGAUGCCGACUAUUUUAACAGUGUUUCUUAGCAACAACGAGCAAAUACUUACAGAGGUGCCAGUCACACCUGAAACAACAUACCGAGAUGUGGUAGAGUUCUGCAAGGAGCCAGGUGAGGGGGCGUGUCACCUGGCUGAAGUGUGGCGUGGGAAUGAGCGCGCUUUACCAUAUGAUCAUCUCGUGUUUGAGCACUUGCAGAAGUGGGGCCCUCGCAGAGAAGAAGUGAAAUUCUUUCUCCGACAUGAGGAUUUUCCAGCUGAGACCAAUGAACAGUCAUCUCGUCAAAGCCCAAAUCAAAGAAAUGGCCUCACAGGAGAGAAGCGACUUGAAAAUGGGGUUGGCAAUCCACGUGUGGAGCUGACGCUUUCUGAACUCCAAGACAUGGCGACCCGCCAACAACAGCAGAUUGAGAAUCAGCAACAGAUGCUGGUGGCAAAGGAGCAGCGUCUGAGGUAUUUAAAGCAACAGGAACGACGGCAGCUUCAGUCAGUGUCGGAGGGCGAAAAACUUGAAAAACUCAGAGAGAGAGUUGAGCUGCAAGAGAACAAACUGAAGAAGAUCCGCACAGUGAGAGGCCAAGUGGACCACAGCAAAGUCAUAAAUGGAAAUCUAUCUGCUGAAAUAGAACACAUCACCGACAUGUUUCAAGAAAAGCAGCAAGAGCUGCAGGCGGCAGUUCUGAAAGUAGAACAGUUGACCCAGCAGCUGGAGGACCUGAGGAAAGGGAAGCUGAAUGGGUUCCACGGUUAUAAUGGGCAGUUGACUGGGCCAGCUGCUCUAGAAUUGAAGAAGCUCUAUCAAGAAUUACAGAUACGGAACCGGCUGAACCAGGAGCAAAGCAGUAAACUGCAGCAGCAGAAGGAACUGCUUAACAAGCGCAACACUGAAGUCACAAUAAUGGACAAACGGAUAAACGAGCUGCGUGAGCGUCUCUACAAGAAAAAAGUUGAGCUGAAUCGCAUCAAUGGAACACCAUCCCCUCAAUCGACAUUAUCUGUAUGUGGCCGAGUAGCAGCAGUGGGGCCCUACAUACAGGUACCCUCUGCUGCUAAUUAUAACAUACCUGCUGACCCAGUGAAGCCUCAGUCCCUGUCCAUUGCUGCUAAUGCAACACACACGCGCCCCAAAUCUGCAAACGAUAGCACCUGGCCUUCUCUGAAACAAAAUUCUGUGCCCAAACCAGCCCAACUCAGCACGGACUGGAAGGAUUCCAAUACUGAUGCACCAUUCAAAUCUGCCGCUAUAUCAAGUCAGCCAAUGCCUUCCACAGCUGCUGUGCCCAACGACAAACUGGCUGCCGACGCAGGAAAGCUUCCCACGCAGAUGCCAGGCUUGAGCAAAACAUUGCCACAUAACUAUGGCAUGUACCAGAAUUCUCUUCCUCUCAGUGCAACAAAUUCAUUAGAAAGAAGAGAUGGAAGUCUGUCAAGAUCUGGGCCUACAACCCGUCCUCGGCCUCUUCCUUUAGCUUCAACAAGCAAUGUCCAUCCUCCAGGCUCUUCACAACAAAUACAACAGAGGAUAUCUGUGCCACCAAGCCCAACAUACCAGCCCUCUUCCUCCCCUAUAUUCCCUGGAACUGAUGGAAGGCCCGAUCCACCUUUAACUGUGGCCAUUAGGCCUUUUCUGGCAGAUAAAGGAUCAAGGCCACAGUCUCCUAGGAAAGGUCCCCAGACUGUAAAUUCCAGUUCAAUCUACUCUAUGUACCUCCAACAAUCUGCUCCACCAAAGCACUACCAGCAAGCUGUAUAUAACACCUUAAAUAAAUCCGUUAAAGCAGUCUAUGGAAAACCCGUUGUACAGUCCGGAUCAAAUAACUCUUCACCGUUACCUUUCAUGUAUGGGGCAUCAUCUGGAACAUCACACGUUCAGGUGGACGGUAUGGACAGAGAACCAGGCGUUGAGGUGGUUCCCCCUUCAGGGGAAAACAGUGGUGUGGAAAACAUUCCACGGCCACUUAGUCCCACCAAACUAACACCUAUUGUUCACUCACCUAUGAGAUUUCAAAGUGAUGCAGACCUUGAAGCUUUGAGAAGAAAACUAGCCAAUGCACCUAGACCCCUAAAAAAAAGGAGCUCCAUAACCGAGCCAGAGGGUCCAAGUGGACCCAAUAUACAGAAAUUGCUGUAUCAGCGCUUCAAUACUCUUGCUGGGGGAAUUGAGACGGCACCUUUUUACCCUCAAAGCAACUCUCAAGACUUUGUAGGAACCUUAGCAGAUGUUGAUAAUGGUAACACCAACACCAACGGAAAUUUAGCUGAAGCUAUUUCCAUGCAACCUGCAGUAGUUUCUCCUCCUCUUCCUGAACCUCCGAUACCGGCUGAUAAUAACGACAACAAGUUGUGUUCUCCUAUUACUGAGGAACCUUUAAGUGAGGAAAUUAUCCCUGAAUCAUCAGAAGACAACAAUAAUAAUAAUCCUGCCAUAGCCCCUUCCAAUGACAAAACACCAAGCCCAAUUCUCGAAGUUGCUUCUCCAGUCAAAGAGGACCUACUGCCGUCCCCCAGCAUUCCAGUGCCAAUGCAACAGCAGGUUAAACGCACGAACCUAAAGAAACCAAAUUCAGAAAGGACAGGCCACGGGCUCAGAGUGAAAUUUAUUCCUUUGGCUUUACUGCUCGAUGCUUCAUUAGAAGGAGAGUUUGACCUGGUACAGAGGAUUAUUUAUGAGGUUGAAGAUCCCAGCAAACCUAAUGAUGAAGGAAUAACGCCCCUACACAAUGCUGUGUGUGCAGGACACCACCAUAUUGUCAAAUUCUUGAUUGAUUUUGGAGUCAAUGUGAAUGCAGCAGAUAGUGAUGGAUGGACCCCUCUGCACUGUGCAGCUUCAUGUAAUAGUGUUCACCUCUGCAAAAUGCUGGUGGAGUGCGGAGCAGCCAUCUUUGCCUCGACAAUUAGUGACGUUGAGACUGCUGCAGACAAGUGUGAGGAGAUGGAGGAAGGCUAUAUCCAGUGUUCCCAGUUCCUAUAUGGUGUUCAGGAGAAGCUUGGAGUGAUGAAUAAAGGGUUGGUAUAUGCGCUGUGGGAUUACGAGGCCCAGAAUGCUGACGAACUCUCAUUCCGAGAAGGAGAUGCCAUUUCGAUUGUCAAGCGCAAGGAUGAUGUGGAAACUGAAUGGUGGUGGGCCCGUCUCAAUGAUAAGGAAGGUUACGUGCCUAAAAAUCUACUUGGGCUCUACCCACGGAUCAAACCCAGACAGCGAACUCUGGCUUGAAGCGCACGGCCAUGUUCUCUGCUGACACUGGAAGGACUCCUGACCCCGCUGGUUAACACAUUUCAUAAGGGGCUGCAGCUGUAGUUUAGUUUGAAUGCGAAAGUUGUGUCGACUCCUUCAAUAUAAAAAUAUCCCAUUUCUCUCGGCGUCGGCCAUGGUGCAAACCAGUUGCCAAUAACAAUUAAUAGUCGUCCAGUUGACUGGGAUUUAAAUAAAAGGUUAGAUAACUCUGUCCUCUUCUACUACAGCCGCUGUAAAUAAGACCAAUCGCAAGCUGCCUCAUACUGUUUCUAUUUCCCCUGCUGCUUAUGCCAAGUAAUGUUUUAGUGCCUGUGAUUCCAGUAGGAGCCGCUCCUCAAUUCUACUUCUAUUACACCCACAUUCGGCACUAAACGUCAGCGUGUUUUUUCAUUGGCUCAUUCUGAUCACAUGUUCUGAGGAGGGCAGGCCUAAUUUGCCAACCGGAAGGCUUCUAUAAAGAGUUCACAGCCAUGAGGUUUGUAUGUGUGUGACUGGCCGAGCGAUGGGCCAAUGAUACUUCUUUUUUUUUUUUUUUUGUAUGAAAGUAUAAAGUAAUGUCGGUUUGAAUUAGGAGGGAUGUGAAUGAGUGACAUGAGGAUGUGGCAAUAGCACUUAUGGGCAAGAGCGAUGGGCCAAUGCUACUUGUGUUGAUCUUUUUUUUUUUUUUCUUUUAGUAUGAAAGUUGUAUAAAGUAAUGUCGGUUUGAAUUGGGAUUGAACUGUGAGAUUCUGAGUGACACGAGGAAGUGGCAAUAGCACUUAUGGGCAGGUGUUAAAGUACUAGUCCCUGUGGGUUUCACUUCGCUUUAGUGAAGGCUGCUAGAAAUGCACGUGGAAAGAACUUGCAGGGGAUAAAAUACUCUGUCCUCUAACAUUGGGGAGUAUUUGAAUGCAGAAUGACUAAAAACGAGUUUCAUACUUGUGCUCUUAAAGGGAUACUGUAAUGGGAAAAAGGUUUUUUUCCCAAAACGCAUCAGUUAAUAGUGGUGCUCCAGCAGAAUUCUGCACCGUUUCUCAAAAGAGCAAACAGAUUUUUUUAUAUUCAAUUUUGAAAUAUGACAUGGGGCUAGACAUAUUGUCAGUUUCCCAGCUCAUGUGACUUGUGCUCUGAUAAACUUCAAUAACUCUUUACUGCUGUACUGCAAGUUGAAGUGAUAUCACCCCCUCCCUCCCCCCCCAGCAGCCUAACAACAGAACAAUGGGAAGGUAACCAGAUAGCAGCUCCCUAACACAAGUUAACAUGUUUCUCUGAUGCGAAACGUGGAAAUUCACAAAUUUUGACGCCGGCGUCAAUUUUUACACACCAGUUUUGCAAAUUUAUUCGCCAGCAAGAAACGCGGAAACUCGCGAAUUUUGACGCCGGCGUCCAUUAAGAUUAACGGCAGCGACAAUAUGACCUCUAUUGUGUCCAAGUCAAUGGGCGUGCAUGAAAUUAUCACCGGUGUCAACUUUGUCGACGACGUCAAUUUUUUUGGACCGCCUGCAAAUUUUUGAUGCAAUUUCAGAAAUUUAUUCAGCAGCGUGAAACGUGGAAACUUACCGCAAAUUCACGCCUAGCGAAUGAAUAAGCCCAUCACUAGUCUUCUAGCUGCCCAGCCAUAAUGUAGAUCGGGUUUGAGCCAAUAGUUAUUGUUCUGUGCACCGGUCUUUACAAACCAAAAUCCCAGUUGCUGCUGGACUACAACUCCCAGAAUGAAUGAAUGUGUUGCAGGAUGGCAGAGAUACGUUAGGAAAGGCUUUGAAGGUGGGACAAGCCAUUGGCACUGAGAUACUAUGAAGAGUCUGGAGUAAGUAGAAUACAAUAAGGAGAGACUGGUGUGUAAGUGAUUUCCAUGUAAAUGAGUGAGAGGAGAAUGUUGGGAGCUAACGGAAGGUUUGCACUAAGUUAUACACUGUAGUGACUCACUGUUUAUUACCAGAAGUAUUUGUUUGUUUUUUUUAAUUUCCCCAACUAGUUUCAUUCUCCUGCCUGUGUCCGGCCCCAACUCGCACAUAAUAGUGUAAUUUAUAUUCAUUCGCUUCCACUGAGCUAAAUACGCUCUCACCGUGUUUUUGCAUCUAAGUGUAGAUAUUGUGCUGAUGGUGGAAAGUAUAAAACCGUUUAAAAUGAUUUGCUACUACUGAAGUUAUUUCCGAAUGGUCUUGAAAAAAAUCGCAUUCAGAAACAAAACCACUUGUAAAUGGACAAUAAAAUUGUGCUAAAGCAUG